GAGCGAUUGGCUCGCCGCGGAGACGCUGUCGUCCAAUCACCGUUCUCCGUGCCGGCCCCCGGAGGGGGCUGGACGAAGGCCGGACGGCGACCGCCUCGGGAUACUUUGGCAAAGAGGAAGCGCACGCUCGCGGGCGCCUCCCCUUCCUGGUGACGCGCCCCUUUCCGACAUACGCAGGGGAGGACGCCGGGCCAAGAUGGCGGCUUCCGGCUGGUUCUGCGCUUCCUUCUCGGCGGCGGCGUCUUCUCAGCCCGGGAGGCGGGCGCGGAAGGGCUUCUCUCCAGCGGCGCUGCUGCUCUUGCUGGCGGCUGCAGGCGUGGUGCCCGCGCGGGCGGGGCGGAGCCAAGUGAAGGCGCUGAACGACGGGGAGUGGCGGGAGCUGCUGCAGGGCGAGUGGAUGGUCGAGUUUUAUGCUCCUUGGUGCCCUGCCUGUCAGAACUUGCAGCCCGAAUGGCAAAGCUUUGCUGAAUGGGGGGAGGAUCUUGAAAUUAACAUUGCAAAAGUGGAUGUGACAGAGCAGCCAGGACUGAGUGGGCGGUUUAUCAUUACGGCGCUCCCCACUAUCUACCACUGUAAAGAUGGCGAGUUUAGACGGUAUCAAGGUCCACGGACUAAAACUGACUUUAUCAACUUCAUAAGUGACCAAGAGUGGAAGUCCAUUGAGCCUGUUUCUUCAUGGUUUGGUCCAUCUUCCUUCCUGAUGAGCAGCAUGUCAGCCUUGUUCCAGCUGUCCAUGUGGAUCAGGCACUGCCACAACUAUUUCACAGAAAACCUUGGCAUACCUGUCUGGGGAUCCUAUGCCAUUUUUGCAUUUGCAACUUUGUUUUCGGGACUCCUGCUGGGGCUUAUAAUGGUAUUCCUGGCAGACUGCAUUUGCCCCUCCAAAAAGCACAGACCACUGCAGCACUCUUAUCAAAAUAAGCGAUUGGAGUCUACUCAGCUCUUGCAAAAAGCAGGUGAAGAACAGGAGGAUGAAGACGUUUCUGAUGCUGAAGUGCAGUCCCGAGAGCCCCCAUGCCCCAUUCCUAUGCCAAACACACUGAGGCAACGUGCUGCAGUCCCGGAUGCUCGCGCUGGGAUGGAGCAGUCGUAGCUCCCGCCAGCCGGCAGCUGACUUUCCGAAUUUCCUGAGUUGCUACUUGACAUUCAGACGUGAAGACCUGGGAGGGUUUGGGGAGUCAUCCUUUUCCUCAUCCAAGAGAAGGGAGAGACGCAACAGCUUGAAGGGGGGGGGAUCCCUUUGAGUUAGAAAGUCUUUCAGCAGCA